CGACACCUUUCCUCAUUACCACCACUUGGUCCAUUCAUGUCAUCCGAAAGUCUACGAGAAGAAGGAAAAGAGUACUUCAGACAGAAGAAAUUUGCCCAGGCGAAAGCAAAAUUCACCGACGCUCUCAAAGUCGAUGGAGAAAACGCCAUUCUGUACGCUAACCGUUCAGCGUGUAAUUAUGCUUUAUGCCAGUAUGAAGAGGCUAUCUCCGACGCUCGAAAAGCGACCGGGAUUGACUCACAAUAUAUUAAAGGAUGGCAUCGUCUAGCGACCGCUUGCGAGGCCGUUGACGACCACGGUGACAGUAUUGAAGCGUGGGAGAAAGCUUUGGAACUUCUUCCUGGCCCGUCAUCCUUGACGGUCGAGCAGCAACAACAGAAGGCUCGAUGUGAAUGUGAUAUCAAUGCCGCAAAAUCAAAGAUUCUUGAUCCUGAUCACAUCUCUCUGGAGACAGCCAUUGCCAUGGCGAACGCACACAACAUUAGCAUCCCUCCUCCUCACACUCAUGCUCGUCUUCCUGAAGUCAAAAUGGCGUAUCUACAACAUCCAAAAGCAAGACAAGAGCCUCCUAUGCAUUUUCUGGUGAUCCCCGAAUCAGUCAAAGAGCCUAUUCAUCAAGUGACCGUGCAAAGAAACGACAAUACGCAAGCUAGAAUAGCCAGAUUGAUUGGUUGUCGAUUUACAGGUAGUGCGUUACUUCACUCGGAAGAUCAAGUCGCAUAUAAAAUCGGAAAGCCAAAUGGCGUUGGCGUUGGCAGGCUGCACAGAAGCUUUGAAAUCUUCAUGGAUGACAACGCACUGAGUCAACGUCGGCGCAACGAGAGAGCAAGCGUACUUCUGCAUGCGACUGCUAGUCAGCCGCUACAUGGCACCAUCCUCUUGAUGAAAACUGUAUUCAUCAAAAGCAGCGCCGAUAUGUUUGGUCGCAGUGCUGAUAUCAUCGGAUGGGAGCGCGUCAACGAGUCGUAUUUGAGGAGCCCGGAGUGGAGGGAUCUGCGACUGGAGUGGAUUGGCUUGGGCGGCCGUUAGACAAUUGAUCACAUUUCAUAUGUAAAAUCAAUGUACUUGUACAUGUUUUAUGUAAUCACUCUAGGAAU